AUGAAUUGGCGUCGCAGCGUCGCUCAAUCAUUGCCAGUGAAACUUGAAACUCGACACCUCUUCACGAGGCUGGCAAGGAAAUCCACGUCAAUAGAUUCGACAUUCUCGACAUCACGACGCUCUGAGGCUUCCAAAGUGCCUCAAUCGGAACGAGGCUGUUGGAAUACAAAUCCCAACCAAUCGACACAGGGUUUGCAGAGUCUUCGGACAUAUUCUGGUACUGCUGUGAGCUGGUAUACGAAGUUAUUUCUGGUCGUUUCUAUGCUCUUCAUCAUUUAUAAGUACGACAUCUCUUUUGGGCUAGAAUAUGGUAACCCUCGCCAUUUUUUCCGAGGACACGCUAUCAUCUCCUUUUCAAGUUUCCGUUCCGUUCCGGCCAUCUUUGCCUGCAUUGCUGUUGCUUUCAGGUCCAGAUUCUUAGUGAAGAGGCCUCCCCGAAGCCUUCGUAUACCACCUGCGCUGUGA